GUUGAUUGUUUUUUGAAAUUUUUUUUUAUAAGGGUGAACAGAUUAUAUUUACGAGAAAGAAAACAAGUUAAAAGGUACAAGUGCUCUCUCCAUUGCUGUUUGGAAGAUUUACCUUAUCAACUCAUGACUCAUGAGGUUAUAGAUGAACGAAUGUUGUCGGACAAGUUGUGUGUGUAUGUCUUCUAAGGUGAUAAUGGAACGUAAAAGUGAGAGGAUUAUAUUAGACACAGCAAUUAGAUUAGAAUGGUAGACAAGCUAAGGGGGGAAAAAACGAAAAUGGACGGUCGGAAGAGAGAUAGAAAAGAGAUGUGAUCAAGUAUGAUACACGGGGGAUGUUUUUUUUUUUAGACAAGGGAAGUGGGAAGAUAGGAAGGAAUCUUUUAUUUGCAACUUGCCAUAAAAAGUCUGGUUGGUCUUGUGAGAGAUGGGAGAUUGUUUUCUUCAACUUUUUGUUAUAUAUUAUGUAUUAUUUAUGUUAUCCUUUUUUUCCUAAUAGGAUAAUACAAGUAUCACAAAUUAUAUCAAAUUAAAGCUUUCUCAUCAAUCAUUAGGACCCAAAACUUGAGUUACAUAUUUCGUCUGUUUUGUUUUAAUUGAAUUCGUCAUUUAUCUUUUAAAAAAAAAACUUGAGUUACAUAUUAGAAUUAGAAUGUAAAAAGAAAUAAGUAGAUUUACAUAAUUCAUUUAUACGGUGUGUUAUUCACGGGUAGGGGAGACUAGUCUCUUUAUAUUUAAGAAAAUCAAUAUUUCAGAGAGGGAUUGAUAAUGUAUGUGUACAUAGCACCAUCUAUGGAGGGUCUAACUCUAAUCCAACUUGAAAAAAAAUAAGAUUUAAAACCGCAUUCAUUUCUAAUCGACGAUAAAUAAUGUGACUUCAAAAUAAUUCAUCAUUAGAGUUUUAUUGUGUUUUCUCUAUAUAAUCAUCUAUUAUACAACAUUCUAUGCAUCAAAUUUCAAAUGACAUCAUGUUAUCGAUCUGACAACUAGAUCAACCUUUAAGUGUGGACUGUCAUAAUUAACAACAUCAUUUUCACUUUGUCUUGAAACUCCAGGAAAUUUUGUAGAAAUGAGUUCCGAUCCUUCGAACCCCUCCAUGUUACUAGCAGUCUAGCACCAUUGUCGAUGGAGAUUUUGAAGGACAAACUUACAAAGAAGAAGAUUUGUACAGAUUGGAUGUAGUAUAUUUGUAUCAAUCCUCUACCAGAGACAAAGCAUAAAACAAUCAUCAUUUCAGACAACAUAUAUGUUCUCAUACUUGUCGUGUAUUUAUUUUUGUACACAAACAUGUCAAGUGUUUAUGAUUGACCCUAUUGUUUAGGAUGAAUUUUCCUAUGUACCAUCGCCAACCACGAAUUUAAGUCGUAAUCAUUAUUGUAACCAAAACUAUGUUAGGAUGUAAUAUGUCAUACCAAAAUCAACUAGCUCGUUCAGGGAAAACCAUCCUCGAACAAUCAUGUAUAAUUUAUUUUUAUAUAAUCUAAUUUGUUUUUUAGAAUGACAAUGUAAAAUGAAGUUUCUUUGUCACAUUGUUUGCAAAAAAUGAGAGAAAAUUAUCAAGAUUUGAGAUUUAAGAGAUAAUUAUAAUGUUUUAGGGAUAUGGAUGAAUGAAGUGUUAAGUGAAUGAGUCUAGAAUAUAGUUACAAUACAUAUUGGAGGGGGGUCGUGCAGAUUCUUAAAAUACUAAAAUUGCACCAAACUCAUUACCCUUUUUAUCAAAUUUGAUGAAAAUCCACCCAAAAACAAUAAGAUAAUAUCUGUUCAAUUUUUCCCGACAAAAUCGAUUUGAAUUCGAUUGGACAGAUAUGAGUUAUUUUGCAUAGCAAAUCAGCCAAAGAAUUCCUCUAGAAUAAUUUUGGCUUUUAUGAAAUUGGUUUAAAUAGUUAAGCUCGAUGGCCCGAGAGAAGUUAUGUCUGGGUUCUCAUAACAAUUGGUAAAGUUAUGCAAUGAGAAAAGCCCAUACUAAGUAGUGGUAGAGUUGGGUUUCAUAAGUUUGAAAUAUGCCAAAAGCCCAUAAGAGAUGGUUAUAUAUAGGUGUGGACUUUUUUCUUUUGUAAGGAAAGGAGCAAGCCCAUCUUACAAAGGCCCAUCACAAUAAUAGUACAAUUGCCAAAAAGGCAAAAAAUGUGUCCAGAAAGGGAAAAAAAAAAAGUGGAUUGGAAUAUAUGUGACCCGCAAUCUACCCACAUACAUAUGCGGGUUGGGUUGGGUGGGUGGCGGAUGAGUGCGGUUAGGUCGCGGGUUAACACCACAAAAGCAAUUCUCCAACUAGUCAUUAAGAAAAUUGACUAACAUUUAUAAUUUGUAUUCCAAUAUUUAAUGGAUAUUAACAAUAAUUUGCAUACCAAUAUCCAUUGUCAAUGGAUAUUGCACAACACAAUAACCAAUAAUAGUAGUCAAAACUAAUCUUUAUUCUCCACCUUUUGCAAUAUAUGGUCAAACUGUAGUGCAGUUACUACAGUUAGAAAAUAUGAUGAAUAUUCGAUACUAUAAAAACAACAUUUUUCCAUGUAAAAAUAGGAUGCGGGCCAACAUAAAGCGUUCUUUUGUUGGUGGUGAAUAUUCUCCUCAGAUUAUUCAGUCUCGCAGUGAUCUUGAGAUGCAUUCUCGGGGUAUGUCUCAAUGUUUUAAUUUGAUUCCUUUGCAGGACGGCUGGCUGGUGAGAAGACCCCGUACGCAAUCCACCCAUCAUCCACCCACAUAAGUGCGGGUGAGAGAUUUAACAAUCCGCAAUCCACCCACAUCAAUCACCCAUUACAUGCCGGUCGGUUAUUUACGGGUGAGUAGAUAUCAUUCCGCGGAUUAACCACUCAGGUGCCCACCCCUAUUUGCAGGAGAGGAAAACUCAACUUUUUUUUUUUAAGAAAAAGGAAAACUUUACUUAGUACUUGUUAUUCCCAGCUGCUCAGUGCUCAGUGGCAGGUCUGCUAAUUUGUUGCUUCACAGAAAAGAUCAUCCUUCCUCCCAGGCUCCCACCCUCCCACCCUCGUCAUGCUUUCACCUCACGCCAUUAAUACAUCUCCCGAUGCUCCAAACUGGACUGCCAUGAAAACCCAAAUCCGGCAGUGAAAAACCCCAAAAAAAGAACGGAAGUAGGCAGUUUUAGGCAUUCUCCUUCCUACUCUUCUUGCAGCUUUUCUUUCAUCUCUCACAGCCAAACGGGUACUCCCUUGCUUAUAGGGAUAUCUUUCCUCUAUCUCUGAACGGUUUAAGGUUCAUUUUCUCUUUCAGCAAUUUUUUUGUUGUUGAGAGAUUUCUGAACUGGGUCAGAUCAUAUGCAUUUCUGAAAAAAUGGAGAAGGUGAUGGAUGAUUUAAAGCUGGCCGAGGCGAAUCAAGGGAAGUUCCUCAGCUUGAUCGACGAGGUUCAGUCAAUAUCUUCCUCAAUCAUUUCGAUGACCCUUCAACGGAAGGAUCUAGACCUGCAGUACGGGUCGAUAAGAGAGAGUUUACUUCAGCAGGCGCGAGAACUUGCCUCGCAAGGUACCGAGAUGGAGGAAGCUAGGAGAAGGAUUGAGAUGCGAGAAAAUGAGGCCGAGGUUAAGAUGGGAACCGCUCUAGGGUUCCUGGGUGAGGUUGUAAAGAAGGAACGGGAACUGGGUUUGUUGAAAGACCAGAUUCGGGAGCGUGGCUGGGAGCUUCAGGGGAAAGAGAAGGAGCUAGGGCUUCGACAGAGGGCGUUGAAUGAGAUAGGCUGGGAAAUUCGUGACAGAGAAAGGGAAAGGGAUUCAGUCCUGAAAUCUGUUGAGGAAGAGUCCCAGAAGCUUCAGGCGGAAAGGGAAGAGUUGGCUGAGGUAAGGAACUUGAUUGUCCUGUGUAAUUCAGAAUAUGAACUGAAAGAAAAGCAGUUGAGAACGGUGGAGAGGGAUAUGGGGUUUGCGAUAAAUAGGUUGAUACAAUGUGAAGAGGAACUCAAGGGUAAACAAAAUCUACUAGGCGAGGUAGGAAGGAAGUUGGAUGGGCUGAGGGAGGAAGUUUGUGGGAAAGAGAGGGAUUUGUGUUCAUUGCAGAAAUCUUUCAAUCAACAAUCGAAGGAGCUCGAGUUAAGUCGGAAUGUUAUACGGAGAGUGGGGAAGUUGUUUCUGAGUUCUAGUUCGGAACUCCAGGAAAAAGAGCAACAGUUGCUUAACGUGAGGAACUUGAUUGUGGAGUCUAAUGCUGAACAUGAAUCGAAAGAAAAGCAGCUGACUAUGGUGAUUAGGGAGCUUCAGGGUAAGGAGGGGGACGUGAGGUUGGCUGAACAGAAGUUGGCAGAAUAUGUUCUGGAAGUUGAGGGUAAACAGAAUGUAUUGGGUUCCUUGGAAAGGAAAUUGGAUGAGUUAAGGGAGGAAGUUUGUAGGAAAGAGGAGCAAUUGUGUUCACUGCUGAAGUCUCUUGAGGAACAAUCAAAGGAGCUUGAGUUAAGAAAGAAGGAAACAGAUGAAGCAAUGAAUUUACUUCAAGUAAAAGAGAGAGAGUUGGCUUCAGUGAGAAACUUCAUUGCAGAAUGCAGUGCUGAGCGCCAAUUCAAGGAGAAUCAGCUGGGUGUGGUUGUAGGGAAACUGCAAGUCGUGGAACAUUGUGGAGAGAAGCUCCAAGAUGAGAGGAAGCCAAUGGCUUUUGAGGAGCAGUCGCAAGAGCUCGAGAUGAGGCAUAAUGAAAUUGAGACGUUGGCAAUCUCACCUCCGAGCACUAUUUCUGAGCUCCAGGGGGAAGAAAAACAGUUGAUUAAGGCAAGGAACUUGAUUGGCCAGUAUACUGUUGAAUGUGAACUGAGAGAAGAGCAGUUGUGUAUGGUGGAUAGAGUGAUUCAAGAUAAGGAGAGGGACAUGGGUUCUGUGCAACAGAGGCUUGAAGAAUGUAGAGAGGAACUUGUGGGUAAAGAGAGGCUAUUAGGUUGCUUGCAGAAUUAUAUGACAGAAAAGUCAAAUGAGCUUGAAUUACUGCAGAAUAAAAUGAAGAGAAAGACGAAUUUGCUCUCGAAUUCUAGUUCUGAGCUCCAGCAAAAAGAGAGAGAAUUAGCUGAGGCAAGGAACUCUAUCACAGUAUGCAAUGCUGAGUGCGAAUUGGAAGAGAAGCAGCUGGGUGUGGUAGUUGGUAAGCUUCAGGUUAAGGAGAAAGUAACGUGUUCCACUCAACAUAAUUUGGAAGAAUGUGCACAGGAGCUUGAGACUAAACAGAAGCCAUUAGGUUCCAUACAAAGUACAGUGGAUUGGCUCAGAGAGAAGGUUCGUAUGAAAAGGGAAGAAUUGGAUUCUUUGCAGAAGUCUUUAGAUGAGCAGAGAAACAAAAAGCAAGCUGGAACUACAGAUGGAGCCCUUCCAUGUGAAAGAAAUCCAGAUUCCCCCCUAGAUGGGCCAUCACCGUCUUAUUUGACCGAUAGUGAGGUCUCUACUGCAAUUCGGCAGUCAUCAGACCCAGCAAGGAUGAUCAUCGACCAGAUGAAAGAGUCAAUUUUCCAAACUAAUACCAAGAAUUACAACCAAACUGUAGUAAGGAACCACAUUGUUAUGCUGGAGCAGCUGAUGGGAGUCUCACCAAAGGUAAGUCCUGAGGUUGAAGAAGCAGCAACCAGUCUGGCUAUUGCUUGGAUGGGUAAUUUAAGACAGGCGGCUCAUGGUACAGUGGAUGUUUUGGCAUUCCUCUUGUUUUUGGCUGCAUUUGGAGUUGGCUCUCGUUUUGAAGGAGAAGAUACGUUGAAAUUUGUCGAGAUGGUUGCUCACCAUGAAAGGGCUCCUGAGUUAUGCCGUUCCCUUGGGCUUUCAAAGUGGAUACCUGGACUUGUCCAGAGACUGAGUGAGAAGGACAUGCAUAUGGAGGCCAUUAGAUUCAUUUUGGUAUUCAAGCUAGCUGAAAACUUCCCACCAAACCAGUUCCUCUUGAGCCACUUGGAGAAGACAAGGAUCUUUGAAGAUGGGAAUGACUUACUUGAGUCGCAGUUCCAGGCCCUGAACAAGCAUCUUGACUCCUUAAAAGCUAUUUCACAACAAGUGUCCGGAUUAGGGUUGGAUCCGAGUUUCUUGAACCAUAAGAUCAGCGACCAUCUCCAAGAACUGGAGACUCGAGUUGGACGCAAAAGAAGUUGCUUGAUAGCAACUGGUCUUAUUAUACAGACGCCAAGGUAUGCUGGUGCAACUGUUUCUGGCAACAAAUGGCCAUUGCUGCAGCUGGGAAAUUCGACAGAAGAAGGACAAAGAAAGAAGCGGCAGAAGAAGAGCUAGAAAGAGUGGUAUGUAUGAAUGCAUGCCUGGUGUGAGUAGAUGUGAUAGAAUAUAGCUGACAUAUUGUUGUCAAGGAACUUCUCUAUUUAGCAUUUAGGCAUAGGCGGGCAUAGCUAGCUCUAGUUGGAAAUUUGGAAUAUGAGCUCAUUAUAUAGGUCAAAAUCAUUAUCUGGUAACCAUCUUGUUGGAUACAUUUACUCUUCUUCUUUUAUUUACCAAAGACUAUGAUGAGUUUAGCAACCAAUUGCAAAUCUAGGCAAGUAAUGAAUGAACAAACAUACUAGUCGGUCAUCCCAACUAUUCUAUGUGGUCGAUAAGGUGCGAAUUAAAUACCAAUUAAGAC